UUUCAGUUAGUUGCUUGACUUCGUGAAAGAGUGUUCAGCACUAAAGCAGACGUUAAAACUGGUACUAUAGCUUUGGUGGUGAAGUUGGAUACUUAAAGGUUUCACAGUGGCGAAGGAUAUUCCGAGCAAGUCUGUGGGGCUCCGAAGCGGCAUCGGAAGCGCCUACCGCGGCAGUGCAUCAACCCAGAGGUUGUGGCUACAGGGUUAUCACGAGGCCGACGUUCGGCCGAUCUCAGUCUACGUGACGGCAACGGGCCAAGCGGCUACAGGGCGCUUCCGGCUGUACAUACGGUAAAAGGGCGCCUCGCAGGUUUUGGGAAUCUUAGCGGAGACCGCCCACUCCAGACCUUGUCACAGGUGCUCACCGAGUCUCCAUGUCUGCCGCCAAAGUCAUGCCAGGUUCUCUGAUAGACCCGACGGAGAUACUUAGGCCAGAGCCUAUACAUGCAGGAAAACCGAUUGCCCUUUUCAGGGACUUUACCAUCGAUGUAAAUGAUCCCAUUAAGGAGAGGGUUCGUUUGCACUAUGACAGCAUGCAUAGGUAUCAGACGGUGGAAUUCGUCUUGGGUAAGCUCUGCUUAUUCUUCACAGCUUCUUCACUAGUUCGUGUCAUUGCCCAGUUAAAUCGAUACUUCCUUUCAGAACAACAUGAGAGGUGGCUGAAGUUCGACAAGCUUCAAGCAACUAUCAUGGAAGCUCUGGAGACACUGAGCACGAUGCUCGACCAGAGUGACCCGGACGUCGACUUCCCGAAUAUGCUGCACGCUUUUCAGACAGCAGAACGCAUCCGCCAGGACCAUCCAGACUGUGAAUGGUUUCAACUCACUGGUCUACUGCACGAUAUGGGCAAGAUACUCGCGCUGUACGGCGAACCGCAGUGGGCCGUGACGGGAGACACCUUCCCGGUGGGCUGCGCCUGGGCCGAGUCCAUCGUCUACAGGGACUCCACUUUCCUGGAAAAUCCCGACACUUACAACCCCAAGUACAACACCAAGUACGGGAUAUAUUCAGCGCACUGUGGCCUGGACAACGUGCUGAUGGCUUGGGGACACGACGAAUACAUGUAUCGCGUUCUCAAGCACAACGAUUCAAAGCUGCCGGAAGUGGCCCACAAGAUCAUCCGCUUCCACUCCUUCUACCCAUGGCACUCCGCUGGCGACUACAUGCACCUCUGCAACGAGGACGACAUGGAAGUCUUGACUUGGGUCCUCGAGUUCAACAAGUACGACCUCUACACUAAGUGUGACAGAGUCCCAGAUCUGGACGAGGUGAUGCCCUACUACCAGAGCCUCAUUGACAAGUACAUCCCGGGCGUCCUCAACUGGUAGACCGUACUCAAGAGUGCCAAACAACUUGUGUUCCCUGAGAUAUAAUUUCCAGAGCCCAUGACGGUCGUUUUACAUCAUUCAAACAUCAGGGGCACGUGUUUCUUUCUUUGCCUGACUGUGAUACUGUACUUUGAUUCUAUUUCCACGUUGAUGUUACUAAUGAUGUGAACUUAGUGAGUAGAUGAUAAGGUAAUUCUUCCAGUAAGCUAACUCUGCUUCUAAAGUUAUCAUUAAUAUUUUUAGUGUUACAAACAAGCAUGGCCUUUACUGAAGUACCUCGAAGUUAAAUACACUUCACGAGGAAUUAAAAGAUCAGUGAUCUCAUGAUUGUGAUGGGAUCUGUCUAUACCAAUUUCAUUUAAAUCUUAAUGUAUCAGACGGAGAAAUUAAAGUGAUAUAAUUUUCAAACCUA